AUGAAUAUUCAAGAAUUAUAAAAUCAAUAAAAAUUGACUCAUAAUCAACUUAAACCUGAAGAAUAAAGCAAGGCAAAGAAACUAGAAAAAUUAAGAAUAACAAGCCCAAGCGAUGUCUCCUUAUAAUAGGACAAAUAGUUUUAAGCUCUUAAUAGAGUCUCGAUUGCUUAAAUAUAGAUUUCCGAUUAAGAUGAUUAUUCACCUAAACCACUUUUUGCUACUGGAUCCCCUAAUAAUGAUUUGUAAAUGAGACUUAAAAAAAAUAUUGACAAAUUCAAGAUUAGAAAAUAUUUGAGAAAUAUCUAAUCAUUAGCAAUUCCAAAUAACAAAUUAGAGCAUUAGAGGAAUCAAAGCCAAAUGUAAAAAAGAAAAUCAGAGUGUAUUACAAACAGCCGGGCUAUAAAUGAUUUAUAUUUAGAUGCUGACAAUAGUGGCGAAAAUACAAACUUCUCACCUUUCAGUGGUUCUCCAGAUAGAAGCAUUAGCAAGAAAUCUAAAGGCAAAAUAUUUAGCUUUGAUUUUACUCCUGAGAAUUAAAGUAUUCAAGAGAUCCAGGAGUCCAAAGACUAUAAUGAAAAAUCAUAGUAGAAAUUAUGGAUUAAAGAGAAAAUUAGAAACAUGACAGAUAAAAUCACAACAGAGAAGAUGAACAAGAACAGAUUGAUAUUAAAUAACAAUGUAAAAAGCACUUUAGACAAGAUUAUUUCUCAAAAGAAUAGUCUGUACGAUUUCUAAAGCUAAAGUAGAGUAGCUGAUUAAUAAUAAUUGAAAUUUUAACAGAAUUCUAAAAGAGGACUACCUCCUAUCAAUAAAAAGAAUAACUUCCAUCUCUCAAAGGAACUAAAAUUGAAGAAAAGUAAUAGUAGUAUGCUUCCUCAACAAAAUAAUGAGGCAAAUACCAGAAAUGAGAAGCUUUAAAUUACUGAAUCAAAAUCUGUCUCGAAAUCCAGAGAGCCUUGUUGUAAAUACCUCAAAGAAUUCAAGGAGGGUUUCGUGCUUAUGAUUAUUCAUAACUAGGGAUAAUGA